CUCUCAGUAGAACCCGUCACGAAGAUUCAGGGUUGGCGAUCCAACCUUUCUAGUAAAUAUGGUUAGGCUAAAGAAUAGAUACCUCUUGGUAAACAUUCUCUAUCCCGAGGCCACAGCCUUACCAUCGUCAAAAGUACCCGACGUCGUCGCCUUCAACCAGCCCACGACCGACGACCUCACGCCGCAGCUUCUCAUAAAAGCAAUUCGAGAAGCGGUACUCGAACUAUUCGGAGACUAUGGCUCUGGAGCGAUAGCAGGAAGUUUGAUGGUUAAAUAUUUGUCGCCGGCCACUUCGACGUUUAUUAUACGAGUUACAAGGGCGCAUUACAGAAUUGCUUGGGCGGCCCUGUCGAUGAUGAAUACGGUUCCGGUCAAGGAUGGCAAGAAAUGCGUAUACCGUGUUAUCAGGGUCAGCGGCACAAUCCGCAAGGCUGAGGAAGAAGCUAUUCGCCGGGCGCGCGAAAUGAUUCUCAGAGCGAAGCGGGCGCUUGGCGACCAGAGCGCAGCGACGUUAGAGAGUAUCCUUGGGAAGCCGAAAGAUAAUAGGCCGGUAGCUGCCGACUCGGAAGUGUUAAUGCUCGAUGCGAGUGACGACGACCCUGCAGACUACAGCAGCACUGAUGACGGUUGAUGGGACAUCAUUUAUUCUUUCUAACAACUUUAAUCCCACUACCACCCGGAGGUAACGACAUGUCGCCAAAGUCCUCGUCCACCUCAUCGUCUCCCAUAUGCGCCUCGAGCUUCUGGGCAGCCUCGGCCUUCGCCCUCUCAGCUUCAUCCUGCGCUUCUUGCUCCUUCCUAUCCCUCUCGUCAAACUCGUCUUUCGCAUCUACCCAGCGCUCCUGGACGUCUUUUAUAUCCAUGGUCGUCAAUCCCUCGCGCAUGGCAACUUGCCAUACCGUAUCGUUUGCGCCCUCCGCCCCGCCAAAGACGUAUCCGCCUGCUCGAUCAAUCAUUUGUAGGAGGUGCAUCAUGCUGCGCUUAUCCUCCACCGCCAACGUCUCGUAUCCGACCAACCCGAAGCUCUCGACGAGGUUGACGAUGGCCGAGUUUAGGCCGGCGAAUUUGGAACCCUUCAUUACGGAUGACUCGGCUUCGAGGUGCGGGAGGAGGUAGCUCAGGUCUUGGACUUCGGUGUAAAAGUCGAGGUUGAAGGGUAAUGGGUCAUACGAGGAAAGCUUAUCGAUCUUGGUGAGGACGUUGAGGUGUGGCAAAUCCAUCUGGAGCAUGGCGCGGAGACUGAGGAUGAGAUUCGAGAUGUAUAGUGAUGGUAGGGUGAGGCAAUAAGAAUCUGUGAGAUUCAUAACAACCAACCUGUAUCCCAUCUUCUGUAUGUGGAAGAAUAUAUUUCGUAAUGAUGAG